AUGGAUGACAAAGGAACAAUAGCAAGGAACAAUGUUUCCGGUGAAGAAAUCGUUAUUUCUGGUAUUGCUGGCAGAUUUCCUAAUUCGGAUAAUAUGAAUCAAUUGCGAGAAAAUUUAUUCAAUAAAAUUGAUCUCGUUAGAGCAGAUCAUGAGCGAUGGGGAAAAGCUUUAGAGCAUCCGGAAUUCUCACGCCGUAUGGGUACUGUCAAUAAAGCAGAAAAAUUUGAUGCGGAUUUUUUCGGAUUAUCUUUUGAACAAGCACACACACUCUCAGGUGAAGCAAGAUUGUUAUUGGAACAUUCUUACGAAGCAAUUAUCGAUGCGGGGAUUAAUCCAACGCAAUUACAAGGAAAAAAUACUGCUGUCAUUAUAGGAGCAUCUUAUAUUGAACCACAAGCGAAAUAUCUCUAUACAAAUGUUCAGAUAGGUGGUCAGAAUAUUAUUGGAUGCCAUAAAUCUGCAACGGCAAAUAUGAUUUCAUACUUCUUGGAUCUGAAAGGACCAUCUUAUACCAUCGAUACAGCAUGCAGUUCUAGCUUGCAUGCUAUGGCCGUUGGUUAUGAUUAUAUCAUGUCAGGAAAAUGUGAAGAUGCAAUAAUUGGAACAGCAAAUUUAUGUUUUGCUCCCAUUGUAAAUCUGCAAUUCACUCGACUUGGCGUUUUGUCACCAACUGGUUAUUGCAGACCAUUUGAUAGUGCUGCUAACGGUUAUGCGCGUGGCGAAACGGCGGCAGUGGUAUACCUUCAAAAGGCGAAAAAUGCAAAGAGGAUUUAUGCCAUAUGUCCCCAUAUAAAAUUAAACAACGAUGGUUACAAAGAAGAAGGAAUAACAUAUCCUUCAUCACAAAUGCAAUAUACUUUACUAAAGGAAUUUUAUGAAGAGUGCAAAAUACCAACAUCUUGUUUGGAUUAUGUCGAAGCACAUGGUACCGCUACGAUAGCUGGCGAUCCUCCAGAAAUUAAUGCUAUCUAUAAUGUUUUUUGUACAAACAGAGAAACUCCAUUAAUGAUCGGCUCCGUAAAAUCUAAUCUUGGUCAUACUGAACCUGCGAGUGGUUUCAAUCAGAUCGCUAAGGUAAUAAUAGCAUUUGAAACCGGUUUUGUUCCACCAAAUAUCAAUUAUACAUCUCCAAGGAAUGAUAUAGAUGCCUUGAUAAACGGAACAGUUCGUGUCAUCGAAAAACCAAUGCAACUUCAAAAUGGUUACGUAGGAAUUAAUAAUUUCGGUUUUGGUGGAUCCAAUGCUCAUGUGUUAUUAAAGUGGAAUGAUAAACUGAAAAUAAAUAAUGGAGCACCAAAUGAUGAUUUACCUAGACUUGUCGUAUUAUCUGGACGCACUGAAGAAUCAGUGAAAUUGUUUUUAAAUGAUGUUAAUUGCUAA